CACACCCUCCCGGCUGCCCCCACGCUCCUGCCUGCAGAGUUUUCCGUCCAGUGUCGGAGUAACAUCGUAAACGAGGACCACCUGACGGUUAAGUCCGGACUAAAUGGAAGCAGCGGAGAAAACUCUCACUUACCGAGAUGACACCGGACUUCACAGCAACAAGCUGCUCAAACAUGUUAAAAAGAAGGAGGACGGCAAGGACCAGCACACGGAGACAAAAAGCGAAGAGUCCAAUUAUGUGGAUCUGGACAUGAGACCCGACGGGCCGAAGACGGUGAAAGUGACUUUCACCGGAGAGGGGAACCAGCUGUCUGUGAUCAAAUCGGACAGCUCGAAGCAGGAGGAGAGCAAAACCUCCUCUACCGAGUCCCCGCUGGAAACCCUGACCAAACUCCCCACCGCGGACCCGGACUCAGGGAGCGAGAAGCAGACUGAGUUGGACUCCAGCGAGUGCAGCGACAGCGGCGAGCUGCGCUACACCGACAUGUGUCUGAACGGCAAGAGCGACGCCGAGCUGUCCGAGUCCCACUACAUCACCACGCACGAGAUCCAGCUCACCGAGCUCGACCACGACGUGGACUACGACCUUGGCCGCGGGACCCGCUGGGAAUUUGAGGACGGCAACCUGGUCUACGCCUUUGUGGAUUACGCCUCUUUCGAGAGCGACGACAUCCAGGAGGGCACCCUGAUCGUGGAGCGCGGCCGGAGCCAGCCGAAGGCGCAGUCUAAUCUUAGCGGAGCGGCUGUCAGCACCGAGCAGGAGGAGAGUGAUCUGUGCGCCAGUUCGGAUGAGAGCCUGUGCAGAACCCAGAGCGGCGGUGACCCGUCUGCGGGGAAGAUCCACCUGUCGAUUAAAACCUCCUCCAGGGCUGUGAACGACCCCGCAGGCGUGUUUGACAAUAGCGCGCAGUGGCGCGCCAAACACCUUGGAGAUGGGAGCCAUUACUCCUUUGUGAACCCUGGCGCCAGAGCGGGGCCCCUGUGCGAUAGGGGUCAAUAUUUCAUCCCGGCUCCGGGCCGUCAACACCUUGCAACCAAACUGAGACGGAAAGAUAUUAAUGAGUAUUCCAGCGGAGCGUCCAGCUCUUUUAGUGAGCUGGACGACGCUGAUAAAGAGGUGCGUAACCUAACCGCCAAGUCUUUCCGAAGCCUGGCAUGUCCAUACUUUGAUGCCAUCAAUCUUAGCACUUCCAGUGAGUCAUCCGUGUCAGAAUAUGGCCUGAAUAAGUGGUCAGCUUAUGUGGACUGGAAUUAUGGAAAUAUUACACACAACACCUCCAGUGCAACACUGGAAAUGAAUAAGACUGUGCAGGACAGCAAGAGGAACAACAGAUGCAAAACUGGCAUGAACGAUCAACAGACAAGAAUCUGCGCCCUGAACAAGAGAAUUACUUCACAGCAGACAACGUCUUCAGGCAGAACGCUUCAAAUGCAGGAACAGUCAGCACAGCAAGGGGUCACACUAAAUUUUCACUGUAAUGUUGAAUCCAGAACUCCCCGGGGCCCAAAGUGCUUCCAAAAGGAUCGACCCAAUGAAAUGUUGGCCAGAUCGGGGUGUGAGAUGCAGUAUCGUCGCACAGAGAGCUCGGGGGACACACACAAGAGGGCUAUUUUUGCCUCGAGUCUGCUGAAAAAUGUCAUUUCCAAAAAAAUGCAGUUUGAACAGGAACGCAAAAUGGAGAGGGGAGAAAUAUCAGACACUUACCCCUCAGGCUCCCCCUGCGUUCACUUUAGAGAUCUGGAGGGCGUGAAGGAGAGGAGCGAGAGCAGAGGCUUGCAGGGACAGACCUCAGAAUUAGGAAACUCCGUGAACUCGCCUGAAGAUCACAGAUCCAGAUCCAGUUCCUGUGGGCCUGCAGAGGAGACACAGGGUGACAGAAAGGCUGCCGAUUCUUCAGGAGAGCAUCAGGAAACACCACAGAAGCCGCAGUCCGGGAAGGAGGCAGAGGCAGCAAGAGAAGGACUGGACUCCAGCAGCGUUCUGACGAAGCUUCUGUUUGUUCCAAACUGCCAGCUUCUUUCAAAAGACGGAAACCUGGCAGAGGAUUUAACCCCCAACACACCCGGCACAGGUGCAAAGACAUGCGAGAAAGACCUGCAAAAGUCGGAUGAUAAAAAUGCAGAAAGUAAAGAAAAACAUGAGAGGGUGGGAAAAGCACCCGAGAUCAAAAUCUGCCUGAGAAACGUGAAAGAAAACAAAGGCUGCACUCUGAAUAUUGCAAAUCUCCUAACACCCAAAAUCAGUAACAGCAUCAACAAAUACAGGGCAGCGGACAAUGGCAGGUGUCAUAUUUUAUCCUCAGGAGACAAGGCUCCGAGUUUCACCGUCAGAGACAUCAGGGACACAAAGUGCAAAUUUCAGACACCAAUAUAUCACGUCAGGGAUGUGCGUAAGCUAGUGAAAAGCUCGUAUCGUUUUGUCUCUUUGAACAGAAGUGACCGGAGAUGUUCCACGGUGGCCGAGGAGAAAACCAAAGUGGAUCCAGAAAAACCAUCCUCCAUUGUGAUCAAAUGCAACUCUGUUAAAACAAACAUUAAACCAGAGACAGACGACACAACACGGGCACAAGUGGAGGUAGGCACCAUGCCUGACACCUCCUGUAGAGUUCCCACUCUUACGGCAAGACAAGGAAAUUCCGAUCACCCUGAGGCGCAUCAAAAUCUUGAGGCCAAACUGGAAAAACAGAGACAGGAUAGGUUCACUGGGGAGACAAACGAAAGGAGAAAUGACCCCGCAAUGCCAAAACAGGAUGCCCUAGAAAAGCUCAAGGCUGCAGUUAAAACCAUGGAGCAGCUUUAUGUUUUUGACAGGAAUGAAUGGAAGCGUAAAACCCAAGCCUCUCGCCCGGUCGCAGACAGCCACGUGCUGCCGCGCCUCACCGUUCAGGGUCAGGCAGCUGCAGAUGAGCAGGAGGUGAAAAACAGUGGCAGGACACCUCAGUCUCUCACCGACGGCAAAGAAGUUCAGAAAAGCCAAGGAGCUAGAAGAUCUCUGAAUAUCAUCCAUGUUCCAUACAACCAUGACACUUUUAAAACACAAUCGCAGCAAAGUAAAAUCUUCACCAACAAAAGCGUCCUGCAUUUUGCCAAUAAGAAACACAGCAGCUUAAUUGAGCAAGAUUCUGCUUUGCAAGCGUCCUCUGUUGUGAGAAGCUCCAAAACGUCGGCGAUUAAACCAGCGUCUGUAAAACUGGUGGAGCAGGACAAGGCCAAAUCCAGUUUCACAGAUCCCACCACUACAAGGGGUUUCCUGGACUCUGAGAAUUACCUAACCAUGCCAGGGAUUGGCUGCAUGAAUGAAACCAAGCUGCUCAGUCAGAAGGGUGAUAUCAAGGUGCCAGAGCAAAACAUGUCACAUGUAAUCAUGGACUGUCCAUCUGCAACUAUCUACCAUCUUCCAACAGCAGCGACAAGUCCUCAAAAUCAGCAGCAGGUGUUACGCUUCUCCCCGUCCAUCAAUAUGUCCCCAACACCCCCUGGAGGAGAAAUGGUCCCUCAAACCCAACGCAAGAUGCUCUUGGACCCCACAACUGGACAUUAUUACCUGGUGGACACUCCCAUACUGGCCACCACCAAGAGACUUUUCGAUCCAGAGACAGGCCAGUACGUGGAUGUCCCCGUGCCUCACUCACCCAUCGCGUCCGUCACACCCGUACCUUUUUCGCUACCCCCCCUAGCUCUCGCCCCCACCUACGUGGUCUACCCAGGCUUCAUCUCUCCUACGUUGGCAGCCCAGGCGGUGGUGCCGCAGUCCCCCUGUCACUCAGAGGAUGCAGCAGGAGAAAGAAUCAAAAGUAAUCCAAUGAGCCCAGGUACAGAGAAGGCUUACUACAGCGCGACGGCAGAGGCUCAGCAGGGGCCGCUUCAUCUGCCGCUGAGUUUGGGACACGUGUCCACUAAAGGAGGGCCUGGAAGCUCUGACAAAAAGGCACUUAUCAGCAUCACAACACAGCAGGGUCCAAGAAUCAUCGCUCCACCCUCGUUUGAUGGGAAAACUAUGAGCUUUGUGGUUGAGCAUCGGUGACCAAGAGGACUUCUCUUCAUAAAUAUAGCUCUGCUGAGGAAUCCGCCUUCAUUCACUGUAAGUGGACUUUUCAUCCUGUGACCCGCUCUCUGGACAACUUCCACCAUCAGCCCUUCACCUGUGUCUCUCUGUUCUGCUGUUUGUUUUUGUUUUUGUGUUGUUGUUUUUUUUCUGUAUGCAUUGUAGCACUUUAUAGAUAUGAAUCGUAGAGAUACUUUCCAUUCAGGUGCUGUGUAGAUUGGUCUGUAUUUAAAUGCCAUGUGUGCCCUGCGGUCUAUUCAAAAGGAAACAAGACAGUUCUGUCGCAAUAAAGUGUUAUAUACUGCCAAUCUGUUUUAUUCAGACGUUAAUGGUAAUAUGUAUUUAAGGUUAGACUGUGUUUAUUUGAUAAAACACAAUAUACUCACAGGAGUUAAAUUUAUGUACAUAAAAAAAUAAAAAGUAGCAUCAUUAAAGUCAGAAUGUUUGUUUCUAGAACAUCAUAGUCUCGUGUCACCUGACUGAGUCUGAUGAUUGACAAUACAUACUAGAUAUGCUAUUAUUUACUAUCUAGGCCAUAAAGUCAUGGCUUUUGAUAGAGGUAUCAUAAAGGUAUAACUUAAUACAAGCCAAAUUUAUUGUCGAGACACAUUUGUUUGCUAGCUUGUGCUCUCAUCACUAUUUUAUUGACAGUUUUCUAAAAACAUAACUAAACUGAAAAGUUUAUGAUUUCAUCAGAGAAACUGUAGCAAACUGAAAGUUAAAUUGUUACAUUUGUCUCUUCCUGGUCGAUCCGUUAUUGAAGGUCACAAGGGGAACAGAGUCAAUCAGGAAUUCAAAACAAUUUUUCUGGGGUUUGACAUUAUUGAAAUCCUGGAGCGAUCACAUGUUGUGUUGCCUUAAUGUAUUUACUGUGACUUAGAAAUAAAUCAUUUGUGUUUUUGUUAAGGAUAUUCUAAAUGAAGUAGAAAUUGUCCAUUUGAAUGUGGCUUAAAUAAAACAUAUAAGUUUAGGUAUUUAUUAUCAAAAUUCUAAUUAUUUUUGGAAUAACUAAAAUCAUUAGAUUUGCUGGUGUGUGCAUUUAAUGUGAACGUUGGGGUGUUUGGAAAGUGCACCAGAAGCCAUUAGUGGUGUAUCAUUAGUGGUGGUUUGAGGCAAAUAGGGGAAAAUUAACUAUUUGAAAGCCAACGGCUGACAACUCUAAUGUUGGGUAGGGUGGCUUGACAUAACACAUUUCUGAGAUUUGAGCUUUAACUAAUGAAUGAUGACUAUAACACUAAGCACCAGUUUAAUCUCAUGAAGAUAAUAAAUUAAGGAUAAGCUUAAUCAUCCUUCAAAAUCCGGGCUUUCAAGAUUAAGAGAGGCUGCUGUUAGAGUUUGUUUCUUUAGGUUGAUGUUGACUGCGCACAGAUAUAAUUGUAUAUAUGUGCAACAAUUAUUACUUUUUUAUGUGACACAAUGGUAUAAUGCAGACAUGGUAAGUUAUUUUAUUGAGCUGAGUAGCUUUAAGCAAAUCAUCUCUCUCUGUUGGCUCAUAUAUAUAGAUAAAUAUAAUUCUGACCUAUCAAUAAUAUCUAUUGGGCUCUUGUUCAGAUUCCUGUGGAGGCAUUCCUGACACAUCCAAGUAGAAAAAAAAAAAAAAAAGAUCACAGGAUGGGCCCAGAAUACUCUGAAGGAGUUACAUACCCUGUCCUGCACUGGAAUGUCUCAAGGUCCUCCAGGAAAAACUGGAAAUGUUGCUAAAUGGAGAGAGUCAUGCUAGCUACCUGGACCAGCAGAGAGGGGGAAAAGUUCGUAUUAGCGCAUGCUAAUACAGUAUCAGUAUGCCAAAGUGUAAAAUGAACUUUGAAUCCCCCAAAAAGUAAUGACCGCAAAGUCUAAAUAGAUUUGGACUUAUUAGAGUUGUCUUAAUAAAAGAUGAGCUCAUGUGGAUUACUUCUGGGUAAAAACUACUUUCAACAGAGUAGUUCUGCGUUUUUAAAAAAAGGAUAUAAAUACUUGUGAUUUUUCACACUUAUCUGAGGAAAGGGACCAUUUAACUUUACUGAAUGUUGAAUCACUCCAGACCUUCCGCUGCAGUGUGUCUGGUCCAUUACAUGUGUAAAAUCAAGUAAAUAACAGUCAUAUCAAAAGAAUCUGGUUUUCCUUUGUGUGCUAACACUAAACCCUUCCACAGUAGCUUUUUGAUAUCAAUCAGCUUUCCUGCUGACAUCAACUCCUCGUUGCGUCCUGUGAAAUGCGUCUCAAUGCCCACCAGCAUGAUGUGUAAAUGAAGUGUUUUAUUAUUAAUAUUAUUAUUAUUAAUAUUAUUUCCUUAAUGCACUUGUUUUUACUAGUGAGGUGAGAGGAGUAACACUAUGCAUGUUGCUCAGAUGAAAACGGAGCUCCGACUCAGAUUUAGCACUGAGCUCAGGUCACUAUAAGUAGUAUUGGGCCUAAUGAGUCGGAGCCAACUGAGACAUUUACAGGAUAACUUCCUCUAUUUGUCUUGGUUCGGUUUACACUUUUGUGUAAUGAGAUGGGAGCGGGUCUGCUUGCGUCUGAAUGUGUCCGUGUUCGUGGCCGUGAGCUAUGCGUGGCAUUCGAGCAUUCUGUGAGCACAACGAGGAGUUGCGUUACUCCCCUGCAAACAGGAUCACACAGAGUGUACAUGUGUGAAGCGUGUCUCUUUACGAUUAGCACACACAACGUAAUACCAGGUUCUAAAGACGCUUUUGAGUGAGCUGUUUGGUGCAAAACUGUACUUGGAAUUACUAUCCAAAAUGAAUUUAUGCCCCCCCCCCAUUUGAUUCUGUCUUUUUUGAUAUUUGAACAAUAAUAUUUUGAUUUUUUAAAUAUAUUUUCUGUCCUGUUUCCCACUGAAUAGGCAGCAGGGCCUCAUUGGUCUUUGUGUUAACAUGAACCAGCAUCCCUCUGAGCAUAAUACCAGCUGUAGAUUUGCUAUUUGCAGAAUGUGUCAAAACAAAGCACAAACUAAAAGGUAUUUGGAGCUGCUGGUCAGUCUACUUACCUCCAUUUAAAAAUACAUAUCAUUUCCCCAUCUCGCGCCUUAAAAGUUUAUUUUACUAAGAUCAGUCCAGGUUUUGAACACAUUUUGUUAACUUUUCUGAAGGGUUUGCUUUCAAGAGCCUAAUUGACAGUGCAAUGGUUGAUUCAAUUUGAGGCGCAUUGUAGCCUGAAGCUGUUGGGAACAGUUUAAAUCAAGCUGCCGAGACCUAAACAACACGUGAGAAAAUGAACACAGAUCACCUGAAAACUUGACACAGUGUUUCCAGCGUUGGAUGACUGAAAGAAAAAAAAAUUGAAUUUCUCUAAUAUUUUACCUAAUAUUUAGUUUCUAAUAAAAAUUUCUCUUUUUAUUCUUAUUUUACUGGAACAUGUGAAAUUUGAAAUGUACAUUUUAUUUCAUUCUAUUUUCUAAAUAAUUGCACAUGGGCGGUCACCAAAAAUGACAGCACUAAAUGUAAAUGGCUGUAACCGUGGGUGACAAAAGCACUAUUGAGACAUUUUUAUGUACCAUUUUUUAUUCUUUACAUAAAGAAUAAGAUGCAGGUUAUGUUAUACAGUACCUUCCAAAAGUAUUAAUACCUCUGGUCAAAAUAUUUUGUUGGAUUUUUAUGUGAUAGAUCAACAAUAAGAUGUCCAUAACUGUGAAAGGGAAUAAAAUGCUGCACAAUAAUAAUAAUACUUUUUUCUUUUUUCAAAUAAACAUUGUUAUGUUUAUUUGAAAACAUAAAAAUGUUGACCCUGUCUCAGGUCUUUUGCAGCCUCCAACAGGCUUUCUUCCCAAACUGACCUGUCUUUAGCUCCCUCCAUCUUCCCUGUUGUGAAAAGAACAGCACUCCCACAGCAUGAUGCUGCCACCACCACGUGUCAUGUGGAGGAGUGUGUGUUCAGGAUAAUGUUGGUUCUUCAUCACACAACAUUUUGCAUGUAAGGCCAACAUAACUAAAAUCAAACACAGCAACAAUUUUAUAUCAGAACAAAGGAGGAUGUCUUGGUUGAAUAGCCCCUUUUAGCCCCUCUCCAAUUGUUUGAAAAUAAUAUGUAUUUUUCCUCAGACCUCACAAUUAUGUGCUACUUUGCAUUAAUCUAUCACAUAAAAUCCUAAUAAACUUCUCAAGGAUGUGGCUGUGAUGUGAUGAAAGGAUAAAAUAGGAUGAAUACAUUUGCGAGGCUCUGUAUGUUUUGAAACUUUGUGAUGGAGAACUUCAGGAUCAUGGCAUCGCGUGUGAAUGACGCAUCAACGCAGGAGCGUUUCUCAUUUUUUUGCUUUCAAAAAUGAGGCACACAGAGAGGACGAUCUGUCUGAAAUUGGGUGUCAUCACUAAAGUUCAUAAACGGUGACGGUGAUGCUCUGUACUGUUCACAUGCCAUGUCACAAUGUCUGACAGGAUUUCAGGAUUAAACAUGGGAAAAUGACGCUAUCAGUGUUUUUGUAUAGCGGACGAGGAAAGCGUUAAGGUGAGAUGGUCUGAGAUACGUGCUUGCAGAAGGUUUAAAAAUAAGACGCACAUGACUGAACUCUGAAUUGAUGCCAUCGCUGAUUUAAAACUGCCGUCUGUGCCUGUGAAGAAGCUAAAGGUCGGGAUGAAAAGUAGAGGGACUACUUUGAAAAGGGGAUGUGAAUCCAAAUUUUGCAUCUACUGUACUGAGAAGAAUAAGCGUGAUGGAUGGAUGUAAUGUAGACUGAUACAUCUACAUGUUUGCAAUAAAUGUUCAAAUGCAAGACACUGAAA